AUGGCCCAGAUGCUUGCAUUGCUUGUGCGUCUGGAGUGGCCCACAGACCUGGCCGUCAACCCCAUGGACAACUCACUGUAUGUUCUAGAGAACAAUGUUGUCCUGCGAAUCACUGAGAACCAGCAGGUAAGUAUUGUGGCUGGACGGCCCAUGCACUGCCAGGUUCCCGGUAUCGACUACUCCCUGAGCAGGCUGGCCAUCCACUCGGCACUGGAGAGUGCCACAGCCAUUACUGUCUCCCAUUCGGGCGUGCUCUACAUCGCAGAGAGUGAUGAGAAGAAAAUCAACCGCGUGCGGCAGGUCAGCGCUGACGGUGAGAUCUCACUGUUGGCUGGUGCUACAUCCGAGUGUGACUGUAAGAACGACGUCAACUGCAACUGCUAUUCUGGGGAUGACAGCUAUGCAGCCGAUGCCAGCCUCAACACACCCGCCUCGCUGGCAGUCUCACCCGAUGGCACACUCUACAUUGCUGACCUUAACAACAUUCGUGUGCGAUUGGUGCGCGUCAACCGGCCAGUCCUGAACACCGCAGGUCAGUACGAGUUGGGUUCAGCAUUGGAGCAGGAGCUGUACAUGUUCAGUGAGGACGGUCUGCACAGGCAAACGCUCAGUCUCGUCACAGGCCUUGCGCUAUAUAACUUCAGCUACGGCAUGGAUGGAGAACUUGUAUCGAUCACUGAUAGCUCCAACAACACUCUGAAGAUCAGGAGAGAGGCAGGUGGAGUGGUACGGCUGGUACUCUUGCCUGAGAACCAGGUGGUGACGUUGAGUUUGGAUGCAAGCGGAAACCUGCGCUCUGUUUCCGCCCUCAACCAGGAGGUAGCACUGUUCACUUACACCACCAACACCGAGCUGGUCGCCUCGAAAGCCGACGAGACUGGGUGGACCAACUUCUACGACUAUGACAGCGAGGGUCAUUUAACAAAUGUGUCCUACCCCACUGGUAUGGUGACCAGUCUGCACCGUGAGAUGGAACAGUCCAUCAACAUCGAUAUGGAGAGCUCAAACAGGGAUGACGAUGUCACUAUUAUCACCAACCUGUCCUCAGUGGAGGCAUCUUAUACUGUGCUUCAAGAUCAAGUUCGGAAUAGCUAUCAGAUGUACUACAACGGCACCCUGAGGGUCUCCUAUGCCAACGGCAUGGGACUCAGCUUCCACACUGAACCUCAUAUCCUGGCAGGCUCAGUCACGCCAACCAUCGGGAGGCGCAACAUAUCUCUACCAACAGACAGUGGCCUCAACUCUAUUGAGUGGAGAAUGAGGAAAGAGCUGACCAAAGGCAAAAUCACUGUGUUUGGAAGAAAGCUGCGUGCUCAUGGCAGGAAUCUGCUUUCCAUUGAUUACGACCGCAACACGAGAACUGAAAAGGUGUACGAUGAUCACCGUAAGUUCACACUGCGCAUCAUUUACGACGCUCAGGGCCGGCCUGCCACCUGGCUCCCCAGCAGCAGUCUGGCACUGGUCAAUGUGUCCUACUCACCCACGGGCCGUCUGGUGGGCUUGCAGAGGGGCAGCAUGAGCGAGAAGAGCGAGUUUGACACUUUUGGCCGCAUCCUAUCCCGCACCUUUGUGGAUGGGAAGGUGUGGAGCUUCAGCUAUCUUGAUAAGUCCAUGGUGCUGCUGCUGCAGCAGAGUCAGAAGCAGUACGUGUUUGACUUCGAUAGCUCUGGUCGGCUUACAGCAGUCACCAUGCCCAGCAUGGCCAGACACACCAUGUCCACCCAUGUCUCUGUGGGCUACAUCCGCAACGCCUAUACCCCACCCGAAAGCAAUGCCACCGUUAUCCAUGACUUCAGUGAAGACGGCCACCCCCGGGCCACUUUCUACCUGGGAACAGGUCGUCGUGUGCUCUACAAGUAUGGAAAGUUGGCCAAGCUCUCUGAAAUACUAUAUGACUCGACUGCAGUUACCUUUGGCUUUGACGAAACAGCUGGGGUCCUUAAGAUGGUGAAUUUGCAAAGUGGUGGCUUCUCCUGUACCAUCCGCUACCGCAAGCUCGGCCCCCUGGUGGACAAGCAGAUGUACCGCUUCUCAGAAGAAGGGAUGGUCAAUGCCCGCUUCGAUUACACCUACCACGACAACAGCUUCCGGGUGGCAAGCAUAAAGCCAGUGAUUGGAGAGACCCCUCUUCCUGUGGAUCUUUACCGUUAUGAUGAGAUCUCAGGCAAGGUGGAGCACUUUGGCAAAUUUGGCAUCAUCUACUACGAUAUUAACCAAAUCAUCACCACAGCCGUAAUGACACUCAGCAAACACUUUGAUGCUCAUGGGCGCAUAAAAGAGGUGCAGUACGAGAUCUUCCGCUCUCUUAUGUACUGGAUGACGGUGCAGUAUGACAGCAUGGGUCGUGUGAUUAAGCGUGAGCUUAAAAUUGGGCCCUACGCCAACACUACGCAGUACCGUCAAUGA